GCCAGAGGAGCAGACAGGCUGAGGCAGUCCAAAACCUCCCACUCUCAGCUGCUGAAGCUCCUGCACUCACCCUCCAGCAUGAAGGUCUCCGCCGUCCUGCUGUGCCUGAUGCUCACAGCAGCCGCCUUCAGCGCCCAGGUGCUCGCUCAGCCGGAUGCAAUUAAUUCCCCGAUCACCUGCUGCUAUACAGUCACCAAUAAGAAGAUCUCGAUGCAGAGGCUGGUGAGCUACAGAAAAGUCACCAGCAGCAAGUGCCCCCAAGAAGCUGUGAUCUUCAGGACCAUACUGACCAAGGAGAUCUGUGCUGACCCCAAGCAGAAGUGGGUCCAGGAUUCCAUGAAGCACCUGGAUAAGAAAACCCAAAAUCCAAAGCCUUGAACACUCACUCCACAACCCAAGAAUCUGAACCUAAUUUAUUUCCUCCCAGCUUUCCCAGAAUGCCCUCUGAUAUUAUUUUAUUAUCAUUUCAAAAAGUAUGAACUUUGUUUACUGAUAUGAAACAUGAUGCCUUAAGUAAUGUUAACCUUAUUUAAGUUAUUGAUGUUUUAAGUUUAUCUUCCAUGAAUAUUAGUGUUUUUUUUUUUUAGCUCUGGUGACUCAGACAAAUUGCUUUUCCUCUGUGAACUCCAAUUCUACCCCUGGGAUGGUGUGAGGAUCCUUGCAAGGAUCACAAAUGCAAAGACUUUGUGUUUUAAAUUCCAGAGCAUGUUGAAAAUGCUAUUGUGGAAAUAUAUUUUAUGAAACUAA